GUUCAGGGCAAAAAAAAGUUUGGAGCAGGAGCGCAAAGAUAUGUAGAAGAGGAGGCGCGGCUUUCUAUAAAAAAAUUCUUCUUGGACACAGCACAGCGAUUCAUUGUGCAUUUGUUUGUGUGGAAGAAGGGGGGAAAGCGCUUACGGGGGGGCCAUUAAAGGAGGCAGGAGACAAGUGCCGUGAGGAAGAUCUCGCUCACUCACUCACUCGCUCACCCACUCGAGCACCAGGCAAGGCGAGCCGCGCCCGGAUCACAUCCCAGCAGCACCCUCCGCUCCCCGGCUUAGAGCAUGGCCAGUUCGAGUAAAGCCACUUUAAUCUUGCUCAUCUACGGGAUCUUAAUGCACUACAGCGUCUUCUGCACACCUCUCGGACUAAGUUACCCCAAAAUUAGGCUGGACAACGACGCCUUCGACGAGGACGGUAAUUCUUUAGGCGACUUGGGCUUCGAUGGCGACCACAUUGCAUUACGCAGCGCGGCGUCCUUGAACGACGACGGCUACGCUCUCUACUACCCCUCCGAGAAGAGAGCAGAAAGGCAUGCUGAGGAGGAAUUAGAUAGAGCCUUGAGGGAGAUCCUGGGUCAGUUAACAACGAGACAUUAUCUGCAUUCUCUGAUGACAAUUCAUGCAGGUGAGGAUAGCAGCAUGGAUGAAGAAGCAGAGCCCCUAUCCAAGAGACAUUCAGACGGGAUAUUCACCGACAGCUACAGCCGCUACAGGAAGCAGAUGGCCGUGCAGAAGUACCUGGCAGCGGUUCUGGGACGAAGGUACAGACAGAGAGUUCGGAGUAAAGGACGCCGCCUCGCAUAUUUGUAGUGCUGCCACCAGGCUGUGUACAGUAUAUUGUUAUUAUUAUGAUUGUUAUUAUCAUUACGAUGAUGAUUCCCCCAUCAUUCAGAUAUAGCUGACAACCAGUGGAUUGCGCCUGUGUUCUUUCAACAUGUAUUUAUGUAUGAAGCCAUUAAAAUGAAUAUUUUAUUAAUAA